AUGAGCAAUGUCAGCCAGCACCUUCUGUCAGGUGCCCUUUCGGGGUUUGCUUCAACGAUAAUCCUUCAACCCUUCGACUUGUUGAAGACCCGCAUCCAGCAACCGGACCAACUCAACAAGCUCCGACUCUCCCCCCUCGCCCCACAGUCCACCUUCAUCUUCCGAACCGCCCGGGACAUCGUUCAGAACGAUGGCCUGGUCGGUCUCUGGCGCGGCACAACCGCCUCCCUUCUGCGGAACGUCCCUGGCGUCGCCAUGUACUUCACCGGCCUCAACCAGUUCCGCGCCUUCCUCGCCACCUCGCCCUACUUCGCACGCCUGCGCGCACAAAGAACCCCCGACGCGUAUUCAACUUCGACUCUUCCAAAGCUCACCGCGCAGGGCAACUUGUUGGCCGGCGCGCUCACGAGGGUGACGGUCGGCCUGGUGCUGAACCCAUUCUCAGUCAUCAAGGCCCGCUAUGAGAGCUCCUACCACUCGUACUCGUCCCUCUCCGGGGCGUUCAUCGGCCUCAUGCGCGCCGGUCCUUCCGAAAUAUUCCGUGGAGCGGUAGCGUCUUCGCUGCGUGACGCGCCAUACGCCGGCAUAUUCGUCGUGUUCUACGAACAGAUCAAGUCCACCCUAUCACACGCCAUACCCGCCUCCCCCGACGCUACGGUGGUGACGGGCAUGCCCUUCGCCCACUCGAUGUCGAUGUCCACCGCGAUCAACUCCGCGUCCGCUGCGUCCGCCGGAGCGCUCGCGACUCUGGCCACGCAGCCGUUCGACGUGCUGAAGACGAAGAUGCAGGUGCGGUCGGAGGCCAAGUAUCGCGGGGUUGGCAGCACCAUCCGGGCAGUAUGGCAGCAACGCGGGGUGGCCGGCUUCUUUGACGGCGCCACUUUGCGCAUAUCGCGCAAAGUCUUCAGCUCGGCCAUAGGGUGGGCAGUGUACGAGGGGGUGCUCAUGGCGUUCCGGACAUCUUCGGUCAAGGAACAGGACUGA